AAGGAAAAAAAAAGACUUCCAUAUCAACUUGUUCUUCUCGGUUAAACCUCCCGUAUCCCUUCGCAUCCAACAGAAUAAUACUUUUAUAACUAAAUCCCCCUCCGAUAUUAUCGCUACCCUCUCUUUCUUCUUCUUCGUCUUUGUCCCAAAUGGGCUCCUCGUUUCCGUGAUCACCUCCCUGUUUCUCCGCAGAAAUGGAGUUGACAUCAAACGGUCUCAAUCAUCAAAUCCCACCGCAACAUGAUGAACAUUCAUUACAAAACGGUGCCGUUCAGAAGGUUAAGGUGUCUUCAACAAACAAACCCGACCUUUCCUCCUCCAUUUCGAACAAUAGCGGUUAUCAUGGAGACGCCCACGGGUCCCCUCCCAACGGUAAUCAGCUUGAUUGCCACCACCAUAUAAUCACUCCACCACCAGCUCCUCAAUCCUUCGAGCACUUGCACCUUCGUGAUUCUGGACAAGAACAAAUAUUAUCUCAAUCCUCCGGCGACACCGACGAGAGAGGAGGAGACCACGUCCAUCGUCCAAUGAUACGAGUAUCGCACCCCAACGGAUACGAGGGUUACCUAAAGAUUAUCGAACCUCACUGUCAGCUUCCCAAGCCGGAGGCGCCGCCGGGGCUCGCACAUGAUCAUCAUCCGCUGCCAAACAAAGAGCAACGCCAGGAGAAUUUCUCAGUGGAGAUGCCGUCGAUCGGGAAAUUCAUUCGGGACAGAAGCAACGCUAUCGUGAAGCGAUUCUCCUCGCUAAAAGAGACUGCCGGAGAAGGCUGGUCGCCGGCAGUGACGGAGUUCAAAAUAUCGGGGCUCAAGGUUGUAGUCAAAGUCAAGGGGGAAGAGGAGGAGAAGUCGAACACGCAAAUAUUAAGGGGACGCAUAACCUUCUUCUCGAGAUCGAAUUGUAGGGACUGCACUGCGGUUCGCUCCUUCUUCAGGCAGAGGGGACUCAAGUUUGUGGAAAUAAACGUCGACGUUUAUCCACAGAGAGAGAAGGAGUUGAUCCAACGGGCCGGAAGCUCACAGGUGCCUCAGAUAUUUUUCAACGACAAGCUUUUCGGUGGGUUGGUGGCGUUGAACUCGUUGAGGAACAGCGGUGGGUUUGACCAAAUGUUGGGGGAGCUGCUUCGUGAGAAAUGUUCUGAUGAUGCGCCUGUACCGCCGGUGUACGGCUUCGACGAUGAGGAAGAAGAAGUGAUGGACCAGAUGGUUGCAAUUGUUAGGGUUUUGAGGCAGAGGUUGCCCAUUCAGGACCGUCUGAUGAAGAUGAAAAUAGUUAAAAAUUGCUUUUCUGGAAGGGAAAUGGUGGAGGUUCUCAUUCACCACUUGGACUGCGGCAGGAAGAAGGCCAUUGAGGUUGGAAGGCAGGUGGCGAGGAAGCACUUCAUCCAUCACGUUUUUGGGGAAAACGAUUUUGAAGAUGGAAAUCACUACUACCGUUUCCUGGAACACGAACCAUUUAUUCCCAAAUGCUACAAUUUUCGAGGAUGUACCAAUGAUAGUGAGCCCAAAGCAGCCAUUUUUUUAGGUCAGGAGCUUCGAAAAAUUAUGUCUGCGAUACUUGAGGCAUAUGCAUCUGAUGACAGGUACCAUGUUGAUUAUCUGGGAAUCAGCAGAAGUGAGGAAUUCCGAAGAUAUAUUAAUUUGGUUCAAGAACUUCAAAGGGUGAAUCUCCUUACGCUCUCACAAGAUGAGAAGCUGGCUUUCUUCUUGAACUUGUAUAAUGCCAUGGUCAUCCAUGCUAUAAUUAGGACAGGAUGCCCAGAAGGCGUGAUUGAUAGCAGAUCCUUUUUUUCUGAUUUCCAUUACAUAGUUGGAGGUUAUUCCUAUUCCCUCAGUAACAUAAAGAAUGGGGUGCUGAGAAGCAAUCAGAGACCAACAUUUGCAUUGAUCAAGCCUUUUAGCAACUCCGAUAGACGCUUAGAGUUUGCUCUUCCAAAGGUGAACCCAUUAAUCCAUUUUGGAGUUUGUGACGGGACAAGAUCAAGCCCAACGGUGAGGUUUUUCACUCCACAAGGGGUUCAAGUGGAGCUGAGACGUGCUGCCAGGGAUUACUUUCAAAUGGGUGGGAUAGAGGUGAAUUUGGACAAGAGAACAGUUUAUCUAACACGGAUCAUCAAGUGGUCCAGUGGGGAUUUUGGACAAGAGAAAGAAGUAUUGAAAUGGAUCAUCGAUUACCUCGAUGCAAGUAAAGCAGGGCUUUUAACACAUCUUUUAGGUGAUGGGGGUCCCAUUAGUAUUUCGUAUCAGGGCUAUGAUUGGUCUGUGAAUUUUUGACUUCAUACCAAUAAACUAUAGUAACAAGCCAGUGAGAAAAAUGAAGGGAACAAAGGAUUUGAUGCACAACAAAUGGCUAGAGGAGGUUCAUGGAUCGGAAGGGGAUCUUGUAAAUACAAAUAACUCAUCAUGAUUUCUCAGCCUUUCAGCGGAACAACACCAAAAUGGAUUGUAGGAGAAUUAUAGGAUACAGGUAGAGAUCAUAUACCAGAUUUUGUUGAUUGGAUGUCUCACGAUUCUGAGGAAGGAAGGAAGGAAAAUCAAUGUUAUUCCAUAUCCUGACUAUAUGUUACAGUUUUUUUGGUGAAGGAAUAUAUGGUGUAAUUGCAAAUGAUGAAACAAGUUCUUCACUACUGUCUGUUUUAUACCAGGUCUCAUUAAUUUGUUGAAGACCCAGCGAAAUGUAAAAUGCAAAUCAGGUCAAGAGUGAAUUGUUUGGAGAGAAUAUGUGAUUGUUUAAAUGUUAGAAAUUAUUUGUGCA